AUGUCAAUAACCAAUGUCCCGGUGCUGAAGCGCGCGCGACUCUACAUGGCGACGAAUCGCCGGCUGGUGGUUGUUCUUGUGGUGCUGCUGUACUGGGUGGUCCAGAACGUUUGGACGUGGAGCCCUGGGACGCGCGAUUUGGCCCAAGUGGACGCGAAGAUCGAGGCCGAGCUAAACUCGAAUCUACAUACUUUUGGAGCGCAUUUGCGCCACUUAAACCGGCUUCCGGCAGAGUCGGCCACCCUGCGUGAAAAACUCACCUUCUAUUUCCCAUAUUAUCCUGAAAAGCCCGUGCCGAACCAGAUCUGGCAGACAUGGAAGGUCGAUCUCGAAGACGACAACUUCCCCAAGCAGUACAGACGGUUUCAGAAGACGUGGGUCGAGAAAAAUCCAGACUACGUGUACCACCUGAUUCCGGACUCUGUGAUUGAGGACUUUGUGGCGAGUUUGUACGCGAACGUGCCGGAGGUGGUCAGAGCGUACCAGCUGCUUCCGAAAAAUAUCAUGAAGGCGGAUUUUUUCCGGUAUUUGGUGAUCUACGCGCGCGGAGGCACCUACUCAGACAUGGACACGGUGUGUUUAAAGCCGAUCAAGGACUGGGCCACGUUUGAUCGCGACCUGAUCCACGCUGCCGACAAUAAGGCCGAUCUCUCCCAGAUAGAUCCAGAAGCAAGAACCACGCCUGUGGGGCUGGUGAUUGGCAUUGAGGCCGACCCGGACAGGCCCGACUGGCACGAGUGGUUCUCGCGCAGACUGCAGUUCUGCCAGUGGACGAUCCAGGCGAAGCCGGGACACCCGCUGCUGCGCGAGCUGAUCAUCCGGAUCGUGGAGGAGACGUUCCGCAAACAGCACAUGGGCGUUUUGAAAAGAGUGGAAGGCAAGGACUCGGGCGCAGAUAUCAUGCAGUGGACAGGACCGGGGAUAUUUACAGACACUCUGUUUGAUUAUCUGAACAAUGUGGCGAGCGACGGCAAGUUGGGCGACGGGUACGGCGUGGGGUCGUUGUAUUGGCGCAAGCACGGCAAAUAUAAGCUGAAAAAGACAGAAAUUAACAAGAAUAACGAGCCAUUGCAUUCUGAGGACCAGCUUAUCAACUGGAGGUCGCUGACCAACAUGGACAAGCCAAAGAUCAUGGGGGACGUAAUGGUGUUACCAAUCACGAGCUUUAGUCCGAACGUGGGGCACAUGGGCUCAAAGAGCAGCUCAGAUAGGCUGGCAUUUGUGGAGCAUUUAUUUUCUGGCAGCUGGAAGCCAAAAAACAAAUAG